AUGUUGAAAAUGUAUAAAGACGUUUCUACGAAUUCUGAUCAAGUGGCUUCAUCAUUGACGCUCGAUGAAUUAGCGAAUAACAACAAAACACAAAUAAAUCUUCUAACAAUAUUGGCCGAAGAUUACCAACAGUAUGCAGCUGCGAUAGUGGAAACAAUUGAAAAACAAAUUUUUACCGUGCCAAAGCAACAAAAGCUGCCCGUAAUGUAUGUAGCCGAUUCGAUCAUGAAGAAUAUUAGGAAUAGCGACUACAUAGAGCUGUUCUCGAAGAUAGUUGUCCGAUUGUUUCUACAUGUUUUUCUUGAGGGAGAUGAAGCAGUGCGAUCGGCACUAUAUCGUCUGCGACAGACUUGGGGCGACGUAUUCAAUCGAUCGAAGCUCUAUCAGUUGGACAUUAAAGUGAACGAAAUUGACCGAGCAUGGCCUCUGACGGCGCUAAAGCAGGGAGCAAAGCCUCCUGUAAUCACAAACUCCGCCCCAUCACUCCCUCCAAACGCCCCGGUUGCCCCCGCAAUCAAGCCGAUUCAUGCCAAAGUUCACGUCAACCCAAAGUUUAUUCAGAACAAUGGACAGAAUUCAACGAACGAGGUUCGGAAAGGUAAGAAUGAUGCGCCGAAACGUGUACGAUUCAAAACAGAAGACUUUAAAGAGCCAAAGAAGGAAUUGAUCGAUGAGUUGCUGGAUCUACCUCCAGUGCGAGGCAAUGAUCGAGCCAUCAAGUCGGAGCCAGAUGAGCCAACACCACCUGCGCGGCGUAGUCCACAGCCCCCAAAAAGGAAAGCGGCUCUCUCAGGCGGGCAUCAUUUUGAGCAGAAACGAAGGCGUUCGCCUCCUAUGUCUUAUGACGAAGACUUGAGGUCUAUGCCCAGUUCAACUAGCAAAGACGUGAAACCGACUCCCAUCAUCGGAUCGCAUGCUUUCACUGUGCAAGCAAAAACAACUCUCAGCCGAAUGCAGCAUGCUCAGCUUCCCCUUCCUGGAAGGUCAUCGCCACCUGGUGUCGCAAAUGGACUUCCAAUGCCAGCCGCUCAAGUUCCUAGCGUUGCUCCCACGGCUCUUCCAAUGCCCCCUACCUUCCACGGUCCAUCGACAGUAUCUGGUCCUGGAGGUCUACCUAUGCCUCCCAAUUACCAUCCUCCUGUUGCUCCAUCAACAUCAUCUCUUCAAAAUUAUGUUGCGCCGGGUGUAGCAUCGAUUGUGCCGUCUGUGGCACCUGCUGUGCCGUCUGUGGCACCCGUUGUUGGUCCAACAGGCCUUCCGAUGCCUCCUAAUUAUAUCCCGCCUGCUUCUUCUGCUGCACCUUUACCUAUGCCUCCGGCAGUUCGAGGGCCGAAUGGCUAUCCUAUGCCGCCGGGAUAUCGUCCGCCAGCGGUACCAGCAGCAGCUCCUGUACCUGCUGUUCCCGUUCCAACUGUACCAGCCGUACCUGUUGCUACGGUAACUCCUGCAGUUCCUCAGGCACCUUCCGGAUCGAAUGCGAUUAUAACGACGGAGGUACCUACGAAGCUAGACAUUCCAUCGAAUAAUCGUAUUUUCGUAGAUGGGAAAGCGCAUGAAGUAGAGUAUGUAAAUGAUAUAGCUGUAAUAGAACGAAAUGGCUUGCCUCACAAGAUUUACUUUGCGGGUACUCCACGUAAUGUUAUAAUCGAUGGUGUUCCUCAUCUUCUUCAUUUUGGGGAAAGCAAAGGUGUCAUAAUAGAUGGACAGGAACACAUCCUUCGCUUCGGUGCUCCAAGCCGUGAACUUUAUCUCAAUAACUUUGCUUUCAAGGGACAAUUUGGAGGCGCUCCUAUGGUCGCCACGAUCAACGGUCGACGGCAUGAAAUACGUUUGGCAGGUCCUGCACCAGAUGUCAAGAUCAACCCUGAUCCAGCGUAUGAGCUGACGGCUGAGUUGAAUCGAAUACGAGCAAACAAGACCGAAAAUAAGCGAGAACCUUCACCCGAUCCCUUCACUCUUCUCAAGAAGCUGCAGCAAAGUGGAUUCUUGAAAAAGCCUGAACCUGCUCCUGCACCUCAACCUAGCCCUUCAACGAGAGAUCGUGUCCGGCAUUCGACAUUGCUGAGAGACAAUGCCCCACCUAUUCCUAGCGAGCACAGCUUGAGUAUAGUUGAACGACGAUCCGUUCCAGCUGCACCUCUCAAGGAGUUCAAUAUGAGGAUCCUCAAAAUUCGAUACGAUUCUGUGGUCGACGCUCUUCACGAAAAACAACAGAAUGCGUGCCCACAUUGUGGUCAACGUAUGGAACUACGAGGCGAGCGAUAUGAACGACAUCUGGAUUGGCAUGUGAAGAGGAAUUUAAAAACCUUUGAGAACACAACUAGUAGUCGGCCAUGGUAUGCUAGUAGCAAGGACUGGUUGAAGAGUGAAGAAGAGGAAGAAACGGGUAUAAGCGCGACGAGUGGGGCCACAGAAGCCGUGGAAGAAUCCCUCCCUGUGACUUCGGUAUCCGCACGUGAAGCUAUCAACAAGAGCUGUGCCGUUUGCUGUGAAGACUUUGAAGAAUACUGUGACGAGGACGAUGAUGGUGUGUGGAAACUCAAAGAUUGUGUCAUUGUCAAUAAUCAGGCAUAUCAUGUAGCCUGUGUUCAAGAUGCAUCAGUCCUUGAAGAAGCACCGUCGCAAGAAUUGUCAGAAUCAUGUGAUACAAAAAGUUUUGUAAAAGAUACCAAGCUGUUAAAUAUGUUGGAAACAAGUUGAAGCAGCUAAAAAUUAGAGGGAAACACAAAAGAUUAUAUUUGUACAUUGGUUGUGAAUAUACAGUCUACAAUGGGUCAUCGAAAGCAGGCAUCCUGCAGUCUCGCCUUGCUUCGAAGUAUUCGCCUGGAUUAUAAGUUGGAAAAAGAAAAAAUAAUAAAUAUUUGAUUGUAUGCGUUCGUGUUUAUUUCUUUUUUUUUUGCUUUACUUUUGUUUUGUGCUUGGUUCGAAAAUAAAUAUAUUUGAAG